AUGGGUAAGGUAGCGGUAGCGGCGGCGGUGGUGGGUGCCGCCGCGGUGACUGCGGCGGUGGUUCUGGUGGUGCGUUACCGGAUGCAGAACUCCUGCAAGUGGGCUAAAGCAAUGGAUAUUGUUAAAGAGUUUGAAGAGAAGUGUGCAACUCCGGUUUCAAAACUCCGGCAGGUUGCUGACGCCAUGACGGUGGAGAUGCACGCCGGACUUGCUUUUGAUGGCGGUAGCAAACUCAAGAUGUUAAUCAACUAUGUUGACAAUCUUCCCACUGGGGAUGAAACUGGAAUUUUUUACGCUCUUGAUCUUGGUGGUACAAAUUUCCGUGUUCUUCGUGUGAAAUUGGGUGAUGUUGAUAAUGUGAAAAAAGAAUUUCAAGAGGUUUCAAUUCCACCAAAUCUCAUGAUCGGGAUAUGUGAAGAUUUAUUUGAUUUUAUUGCUAGAGAACUUGCAAAAUUUGUGGCUACAGAAGGUGAAGAUAUGCAAAUUCCAGCUGGCACACAACGGGAGCUAGGGUUUACUUUUUUGUUUCCUGUCAAGCAAUCAUCAAUUGCAGGAAGGGCUCCCUUUCUUUUUAAAUAA